CAGUAUAUUUUUUGAAGUCAGUCAGGAAAAGUGUGAUUGAAAUACAAAUAGGACAAUGACAAUUAGUAGAGCAUUGGUAAUAAUUGACCUACAAGAGGAUUUCCUACCUCCUAAUGGUAGUUUAGCUGUUAAAGAUGGACGAGAAAUUAUCGGGGAUGUAAAUGAGUUGAUCAACUUGGACAAGUACAAGUGGAAGUUGGUAAUUGCCAGUAAGGACUGGCAUCCCAAAGACCACUGUUCGUUUGCUAGCAAUAACAAUGUAAAAGAGUUCAGUUUAGUUGAAUUCAGCCAGCCAGGAACAAAAGGCGCAAUUAAGGCAAAACAAGUUGUUUGGCCAGACCACUGCAUUCAAAAUGAAAAGGGAAGCGAGUUUGGCUAUGAGUUUAGAGAAAAGUUUGAGAGAUUAAAAGAGAAAUAUGGGAAUGGAAGAGUUAAAGUGGUCGAGAAGGGAUAUUUAAAAGAUCGAGAAUAUUACUCAUGUUUCAACGAUGUCUGGAAUUCGCACCAUACGGAGAUGGAGGCGAUUUUGGAUGAGAACGAGAUUACGGAUGUAUAUUUCGUCGGUAUUGCCUACGACUAUUGCGUGUUACACUCUUCCAUCAGCUGCGCCAGGCUCAAGAAGUUCCACACAUAUGUGUUGAAGGACGUCUGCAAGAGUGUUGCUCCCGAAAACGACAAGGCGACGGACGAAAAAUAUCUAGCUCACGGAGUGAAGAUUAUAGGCAUGAGGAGCGAGGAAGUGGCCAGAAUCCGAGACCAACUGGGCACCAGAUAGGGUUGAACAUUCUGGAGACAAGCUUUAUUAUAUAGCACGAUAAAUGUUGACGUCGCUGAUAUAAUUCUGUAAAGGGAUAUGAAAUGAGUAAACAUACAAGCAAUUUUUGCUGGUGCAAUUGCUUGUUUUUGCUGUCUGUUUCCGCCCAAGCUUUUCCAUGAUAAAUCGACGUGGCUUUCGCGGAGAAUACGUCCUGCACUCGCGGGGAGAAAUGC